CUUAAACUUUCGUCAUCACUUCACUUUCUGUAUCUCACGUCACUCACUGAGAGCUCUGAACUCCAGUUCCAAACGUCGUCGUUUUCAUCUUCCUUCUCUUCAUCAAUCAUGGUGCUGAAGUCGUUUGUUGAAGUUGAAACGGAAUCUCACUUCCCUCUCGAGAACUUACCUUACGGUGUAUUCAAGCCUGAACCGGGUUCUGUACCUCGACCGGGCGUCGCUAUCGGAGAUUACGUCUUGGACUUAUCGGCUCUUAGCUCCGCCGGUUUAUUUGACGGUCCUUUACUCAAAAACUCCGAUUGUUUCAAUCAGCCUAACUUGAACAAGUUUGUGGGAUUGGGGCGACCUGCAUGGAAAGAAGCUCGGGCGACAUUGCAAAAGCUGUUAUCAGCCACGGAACCAACUCUGCGUGACAAUACUGCUUUAAGGCAUAUAGCUCUUCUGCCUAUGGACAAAGUUCAAAUGCUUCUACCUGUCACCAUUGGAGACUACACAGACUUCUUCUCAUCAAUGCACCAUGCCAAGAAUUGUGGGACUAUUUUUCGUGGCCCUGAAAAUCCUAUCAACCUUAAUUGGUUCCAUCUUCCUAUUGCUUACCAUGGGAGAGCAUCGUCAAUUGUCAUUUCUGGAACCGAUAUUGUGAGACCCAGAGGACAAGCUCAUCCAACUGGUAAUUCUGCGCCAUAUUUUGGACCUUCUAGAAAAUUGGAUUUUGAGUUAGAAAUGGCUGCUGUAGUUGGCCCUGGUAAUGAACUAGGAACAACAGUGGAUGUUAAUGAGGCUGCAGAUCAUAUAUUUGGACUUGUCUUGAUGAAUGAUUGGAGUGCGAGAGAUAUCCAAGCAUGGGAGUACGUGCCUCUUGGUCCCUUUCUUGGAAAGAGCUUUGGCACAACCAUAUCUCCUUGGAUUGUGACGUUAGAUGCCUUAGAACCCUUUGCAUGUGAGGCCCCAAAGCAGAACCCUUCUCCAUUAACAUAUCUUGUGGAGAAGACAUCAAGAAACUAUGACAUUUCCUUGGAGGUUCUCAUUAAACCUUCUGGACAAGCUGAUUCAUGUGUUGUGACAAGAAGCAACUUCAACCACUUAUAUUGGACAAUUACUCAACAACUAGCACACCAUACUAUCAAUGGUUGCAACCUAAGGCCUGGGGACCUGUUUGGAACUGGAACUAUCAGUGGACCGGAACCAGAAUCCUAUGGAUGCUUGCUUGAAUUGACAUGGAAUGGACAAAAACCUCUGUCUUUGGGUGGAACUACCCGUACAUUCUUAGAAGAUGGAGAUGAAGUUACUUUCUUUGGUUAUUGCCAGGGCAAUGGAUACAAAGUUGGUUUUGGAAGAUGCUCGGGGAAGAUUGUCCCGGCUGCUCCACAAUGAGCAUGACUUUCUACAUUGCCCUGCCCAUGAGCAAUUGGGAAAUGUUGCCUGUUGUAUACAAUAAUUCCAGGCUUGGUUUCUGAUCAAAUUUAGGAGUAGAAUCGGAAGAAAUUGUGGCAGACUCUUGGCUAGGACAAGUGAGCAUUAUGUAUUCUACGUUAUUUUACUGCAAACAAUUACCAAUUCUUGUUGAAAUGUCCCUUCUUAGUAUCAAAUGAAAAUAGCCAGUGUGCUUUUAAUCUAGCA